GUGCGCCAAAGCAACUCUACAAGGUAGGCCAGGUAGGCAUAACAGGGGAACAAGAUGCAGCACAGCAAUGCUUGCCUUGAUCUUUCACCUUGGUUCAUUGGAAUGCCAUGACCCCAGCCGGUACGUGAAGCACACAUUCCUCUCAUACCGUACCCACCAGAGAGAUCUCAGGGACGAGGACUAUGAUCGUGCACUGUUAGGUUUCAUCUUCCUGCCACCAUGGGAGCAACAGGACGGAGCCGCCCGGCGGAAGAUCAAAGUCGAGCAUUUCUUUGCUAUUCCCGGCAGGUGCACUCGCUCAUGUUCAAAGUGGAGACUCUACCACGUCCAAAGGAAGAGCGUGAAGGAGAUGGAGUCCAUGAGUGAGUCGCUGCAAGAGGAUUGGGGGCUGUGGAUUCUUCGGGGUCUUUGUGGUUUCCAAUUUUUGAGGAGUUGAACAUGGCUGUCGCAAACAUUAUCAAAUGUCAGAGACUCUAUGGCUCCGUGUCAGGUAUCUUUGUUGCCCUGAGAAAGACAACCUGCUCUUGAGAGACAUGUGAAUCUUUAUCUCAUAGUCCUCUCUUCUGU